AAAUCAAAGUUUGAAAAAAAUGAAAAAUCAAACUACGCCUGGCAAUAAUGGCAUAACUAGUGAAAUGAUAAAGCAAGGCGGUGAUAAACUAAAUAACAUACUACUAAAAAUCAUGAAUCAGAUAUGGAAAAAUCCAUGCACUAUGCCAGACCACUGGAUAGAUGCAGAUGUAAUAAGUAUAUAUAAAAAUAAAGGUUUAAGAUCCGAUCCAAACAACUAUAGAAGUAUCUUCUUACUAGAUACGAUAGGAAAGCUAUUCGCAGGCAUAGUCUGCAAUAGACUUGUCCAACUAACAGAUAAAUAUCUCCCAAUAACCCAAUUUGGUUUUAGAAAAAAUCUGUCCACAGUCCAAGCAAUAACGACCUUAAGACAUAUAAUUCAAUCCUCUAUAGAUACAAAUAGAACUAUAGUACUCACCUUUGUGGACUUAACUAAAGCGUUUGAUACGAUACCCAAACAAAUAAUCCUAAAUACUCUAAAUAAACUAUGCCCUUCAAAAAAUAUAAACUCCUGUAUAACCAAACUAUUAGAUGACCCCAAGGGUUAUCUAAAAAAUUCAGAACUAAACUUCACGAUGAAAAGGGGAGUGAGACAGGGUAGUAAAGAAGGUCCGGCUAUCUUUAACUUAGUCUUUCAAAAAAUAUUAGAACAAACGAUAGACAAAACCCUAAAAGGAGUGACUCUUAAAGACCAAUAUAACAAGAUUUGGACAAUUAAACAUUUAGAAUAUGCAGACGAUUUAUGUUUACUUACUAACACAACGGAGGAGGCUACCAAAGCCUUAAACCACCUACAACAAUACUUAACCAGUAUUGGUAUGGAGAUAUCAAUCUCCAAGACUAAAUAUAUGAUAAUAAAUAAAAAAGCUAUCACAUCAAAUGUCAAAAUAAACAACAAGGAUAUAGAAGAAGUAGAAUCCUUCCACUAUCUUGGUUCAACCAUAAAUAACAAAGGUACUCCGGAUAGUGCUGUCACCUAUAAUAUAGAAAAAGCAAAAAAUGCAAUAAUUAAAAUUAAACCAAUACUUAAAUCUAAAGAACUCAACCUUGAUACCAAAGCCAAGAUGGUGGAUUCCUCAAAAAUCCCCAUUCUCACAUAUGGUCUAGAAUCAACAGUACUAAGAAAGCAAGAUUGGUCUAGACUAGAAGCGGUGUUAAAUACAGUAAGACGUAUAAUUUUAGGUAUAAAUGAUAGAAAACAACUUACUGUUGAGCAACUUAGACUUAAAAUAAACUUACCAAAUUUAGCCAGUAAAAUCAUGCAAAACAGACUAAACUUGUGGUAUGUAGCGCAUAAAAGACCAAAUAACCUAAUGGUGAGGUCUUUGUAUAGUAACUUUGAAAAUCAGUGCAACAAUAGGAAGGCCCAUACUAAAAACUGGCUAAGAUAACUAUUUCAAGACAUUAAAGAAAUGGGUGAGCGCCUUCCUAGUAACUGGAUAAACCAACCCAACAAGGUUAAAAUAAACGCAUAUCAAGAACACUUUCCAAAAAUAAUAGGGAAACGCCAGCUGAACCAUGUAUGCCAAAAUGCAAACUGUAACAGAAUGUUUGCUACAAUGAAAGAAAUGAACAGACACAUUAGAAACGACCACCAAAAUAAAACUAAUAGUGAGUCCCAAUAUAGCUGUCCCUUAACUGACUGUAAUAAAACGUAUAAGACGUUGGGUUGGUUAAAUAGACACAUGCAGUCAUGCCAACCAAAAUAUAAUCUAACUAAAGCUGAACCCAAAACCAGUUAAUAAAAUAAACUCCAAAAACGACAAAAAUAAAUGUCCAUACCCAGGCUGCAACAAAACUUUACCAACUAAAAAAGGUAUAAUAAAUCACUGCUAUGUAGUACAUAAGUGGUCAGCAAUCACCGGACAGGAAGUAAAACCAAAGACAAAAAAUAAUGCAAAAACAGCUAUUGCGCCCCGGUAGUUGUGCCGUGCUUCGAUGUAGCCUCUUCUCCAGAAGGGCCUACUAGGCUUCACCAACUAGUUUGGCUGGAAGGGGCACCACACGGAUGGGAGGCAAAAUCCGACUCACACGUCCUCGUCGUGCCUCCUGGAUCAUGGGACUGAUUCCAUGAACUAACGUGAGCGGUAACCCGGGUGGUGGAGAUCGGGCUAAUCACCCUCUCUACCUAUACCCACCCCUGAUUACGAACGCUACAAAGAAUCAUUGCACAAAUAUACCUGGAAUAAAAAAAGACAAAAAAAAUGCCCAAAAUUACCAAAAACUUAAAAUUGGUUUAUGGAAUGUCCGGGGUUGCUCACAAGAAAGCAAACUCCAAGAGAUAGCAGAGCAAAUAGCUGAACGCAAGUACCACAUAGCAGUGAUCACGGAAACUAGGAUGGUCUCCAAAACCAUCGAAAUAGAUAACAGUGCAACUCUAUACAACUGCAACCCAAACAUCAACGACUACCGGAACACCGGUGUCGGCUUCGUCGUUAGUAACCACUCAAUGGUUACCGCCACUGACUUUAAAGAAAUAGACGGUAGGAUAGCCACCAUUAAAAUACGUAGUUUAGCCACUAGCCAAACUAUUAACCUUAUUGGCUGCUAUGCCCCAACUGAGUCUUCUAGUGAAGAUAUCAGUAAAGACAAAUUCUAUCUUAAACUCAAAAAUACAAUAAAACAACUCAAAUCAAAUAAACUUCCAAUACUAGUUCUAGGCGACUUCAACUGUAGGCUGGGCCAGGACCUUCACACUUACUACCCUAAUAUCGUAGGAAAAGCAAACAAUCUUGAGCCGGAAACGUCUGCGAAUGGCAUAAGACUAAUAAACUUAUGCGAAACAUUGAGUCUGCGAGUAAUGAACACGUUCAUUACUAAACCAGCUCACAAGACUCACACAUGGGUACAUCCAAAAACCCAAACCGGACAUAUAAUAGACCUAGUACUAACAGAAAAUAACUCUAGAAUAAUGGUUAGUGACAUUCACAAUAGUCGCUCAAUGGAAGCGAAUACCGAUCAUUACAUGGUCACAACCAUACUUAAACUAAAAUAUCUAAAUUAUAAUAAGAUUCCUAACACUAAUAGCAAACGUAAACAAAGGCAACGUAAGGCUAUACACGCCUUGAAUCCAGAAUACCCAAAUAUACUAAAUAACUUACUCCAAAAUAACCAUAAUCUCAACCAAAUCGAAAAGGCGAUGAUACAAGCGGCUCAUAAAGCUGCAAUCCCUUAUAAGUCGGCCACCAAGAGAUGGCAACACAACAUAGGUAAUCUCUUAAAGGAAGAGAUUAAACAUAGAAAACAACUAAGACUAAACUGGCUAAACAAUCCUACAACCACUAAUAAAAAUCUAUAUAUGCAGACUAGUAAAAUAGUUAAAAACAAGGUUAAAUUAGCCAAAGACCAAUAUAUCAAAGACAGAAUAAGUGAGAUGAACUCAUACUUUAAGAAACAUGACUUACACUUAACACAUAAAAUGCUAGAUGAUAUAUUGGCUACUAUACGGAACCACUCAUACAAGGCUAAGAGAACAAAUCAAGUUAAAGAUAGUGAUCUUCAAUAUCACUACCAAAACCUAUUCAAUGCUAAACUAAACCAAGAUAAUAUCCAAUUGCCGGUAAAAACCACCAACGACUCUGAACUUACUAUAAAUGAAAUAAAUCAAAGUUUGAAAAAAAUGAAAAAUCAAACUACGCCUGGCAAUAAUGGCAUAACUAGUGAAAUGAUAAAGCAAGGCGGUGAUAAACUAAAUAACAUACUACUAAAAAUCAUGAAUCAGAUAUGGAAAAAUCCAUGCACUAUGCCAGACCACUGGAUAGAUGCAGAUGUAAUAAGUAUAUAUAAAAAUAAAGGUUUAAGAUCCGAUCCAAACAACUAUAGAAGUAUCUUCUUACUAGAUACGAUAGGAAAGCUAUUCGCAGGCAUAGUCUGCAAUAGACUUGUCCAACUAACAGAUAAAUAUCUCCCAAUAACCCAAUUUGGUUUUAGAAAAAAUCUGUCCACAGUCCAAGCAAUAACGACCUUAAGACAUAUAAUUCAAUCCUCUAUAGAUACAAAUAGAACUAUAGUACUCACCUUUGUGGACUUAACUAAAGCGUUUGAUACGAUACCCAAACAAAUAAUCCUAAAUACUCUAAAUAAACUAUGCCCUUCAAAAAAUAUAAACUCCUGUAUAACCAAACUAUUAGAUGACCCCAAGGGUUAUCUAAAAAAUUCAGAACUAAACUUCACGAUGAAAAGGGGAGUGAGACAGGGUAGUAAAGAAGGUCCGGCUAUCUUUAACUUAGUCUUUCAAAAAAUAUUAGAACAAACGAUAGACAAAACCCUAAAAGGAGUGACUCUUAAAGACCAAUAUAACAAGAUUUGGACAAUUAAACAUUUAGAAUAUGCAGACGAUUUAUGUUUACUUACUAACACAACGGAGGAGGCUACCAAAGCCUUAAACCACCUACAACAAUACUUAACCAGUAUUGGUAUGGAGAUAUCAAUCUCCAAGACUAAAUAUAUGAUAAUAAAUAAAAAAGCUAUCACAUCAAAUGUCAAAAUAAACAACAAGGAUAUAGAAGAAGUAGAAUCCUUCCACUAUCUUGGUUCAACCAUAAAUAACAAAGGUACUCCGGAUAGUGCUGUCACCUAUAAUAUAGAAAAAGCAAAAAAUGCAAUAAUUAAAAUUAAACCAAUACUUAAAUCUAAAGAACUCAACCUUGAUACCAAAGCCAAGAUGGUGGAUUCCUCAAAAAUCCCCAUUCUCACAUAUGGUCUAGAAUCAACAGUACUAAGAAAGCAAGAUUGGUCUAGACUAGAAGCGGUGUUAAAUACAGUAAGACGUAUAAUUUUAGGUAUAAAUGAUAGAAAACAACUUACUGUUGAGCAACUUAGACUUAAAAUAAACUUACCAAAUUUAGCCAGUAAAAUCAUGCAAAACAGACUAAACUUGUGGUAUGUAGCGCAUAAAAGACCAAAUAACCUAAUGGUGAGGUCUUUGUAUAGUAUCUUUGAAAAUCAGUGCAACAAUAGGAAGGCCCAUACUAAAAACUGGCUAAGACAACUAUUUCAAGACAUUAAAGAAAUGGGUGAGCGCCUUCCUAGUAACUGGAUAAACCAACCCAACAAGGUUAAAAUAAACGCAUAUCAAGAACACUUUCCAAAAAUAAUAGGGAAACGCCAGCUGAACCAUGUAUGCCAAAAUGCAAACUGUAACAGAAUGUUUGCUACAAUGAAAGAAAUGAACAGACACAUUAGAAACGACCACCAAAAUAAAACUAAUAGUGAGUCCCAAUAUAGCUGUCCCUUAACUGACUGUAAUAAAACGUAUAAGACGUUGGGUUGGUUAAAUAGACACAUGCAGUCAUGCCAACCAAAAUAUAAUCUAACUAAAGCUGAACCCAAAACCAGUUAAUAAAAUAAACUCCAAAAACGACAAAAAUAAAUGUCCAUACCCAGGCUGCAACAAAACUUUACCAACUAAAAAAGGUAUAAUAAAUCACUGCUAUGUAGUACAUAAGUGGUCAGCAAUCACCGGACAGGAAGUAAAACCAAAGACAAAAAAUAAUGCAAAAACAGCUAUUGCGCCCCGGUAGUUGUGCCGUGCUUCGAUGUAGCCUCUUCUCCAGAAGGGCCUACUAGGCUUCACCAACUAGUUUGGCUGGAAGGGGCACCACACGGAUGGGAGGCAAAAUCCGACUCACACGUCCUCGUCGUGCCUCCUGGAUCAUGGGACUGAUUCCAUGAACCAACGUGAGCGGUAACCCGGGUGGUGGAGAUCGGGCUAAUCACCCUCUCUAUCUAUACCCACCCCUGAUUACGAACGCUACAAAGAAUCAUUGCACAAUUAUACCUGGAAUAAAAAAAGACAAAAAAAAUGCCCAAAAUUACCAAAAACUUAAAAUUGGUUUAUGGAAUGUCCGGGGUUGCUCACAAGAAAGCAAACUCCAAGAGAUAGCAGAGCAAAUAGCUGAACGCAAGUACCACAUAGCAGUGAUCACGGAAACUAG